CGUCUCUGAUACACUGGGACCCUUUCUAAUAACUGCUGGAUUUUCUCUCUCCCCCCAUCGGAAUACAGCACCAGAGAGGCUGUUUCAACCCCAGUGCUCACUCCUCUUUUUCUAUCUCCCUCCAUCUCUCUCUCCCUCUCUCUCCCUCUCCCUCUCUCUCCCUCCCUCCCUCUCUCUCUCUCCCUCUCUCUUCCUUCAUCUCUCUGGAUGUGGAUAGCACGCUGCGUUUCCUUUUCAGCAAGACGCUGAAAAUCUGACAGAUUUAUUCUCCGUUUAUUCUUGGGAUUUUUUUUUUUUCUUUUGGAAGAAGAAAGCGCCCGUCUGCUCUCACAUCUCGGUAAAUCGUGCAUGGAUUUUACAUUAACUUGAGGCUGCAGUGGACCCUCCAUAUCACACACUGCCGUCGGUCGCUCAGCACAUUUCAGAAAAAGAGAAAAUGUGCCACUUCAUUAUAACAUUUUGGGGAGAGAGAACCAGCAGACGGUAAAUUAUGAAUGUUGAACAAGAUGACCUCUUACCAUCAGCACCAGAUGAUGAGAGGUCCUAGAUGGAAAGGGGCUUGGUUCGACCCCUUCUUUCUUCUGCUGUUGGCUCUGCAGUUGCUUGCAGUGGCAGGACUGGUAAGGGCCCAAACCUGUCCCUCGGUGUGCUCCUGCAGCAACCAAUUUAGCAAGGUUAUCUGUACCCGCAGAGGGCUGAGGGAAGUCCCUGAUGGCAUCUCAACCAACACUCGUUAUCUGAACCUUCAGGACAAUCUUAUCCAGGUCAUCAAAGUGGACAGCUUCAAGCAUCUACGACACUUAGAGAUCCUCCAGCUUAGCAAAAACCACAUCCGCAACAUCGAGAUUGGGGCCUUCAAUGGGCUAACUAGCCUUAACACCCUGGAGCUCUUUGACAAUCGCCUCACAACCAUCCCAAAUGGAGCUUUUGAAUAUCUCUCUAAGCUCAAAGAGCUGUGGCUUAGGAAUAACCCAAUUGAGAGCAUACCGUCCUAUGCUUUCAACCGCUUACCCUCCUUGCGGAGGCUGGACUUGGGCGAGCUCAAGCGGCUCUCCUAUAUCUCAGAUGGAGCAUUUGAGGGCUUGAGUAACCUGCGCUAUCUGAACCUGGGCAUGUGUAACCUCAAGGAGGUCCCCAACAUUCAGCCCUUGGUUCGCUUGGAUGAGCUGGAGAUGUCUGGGAACCAGCUGACAGUGAUUCGGCCUGGUUCCUUCAAGGGCCUCAUCCACCUCCAGAAGCUGUGGAUGAUGCACGCCCAGAUCCAAACCAUUGAGAGGAACUCUUUCGAUGACCUACAGUCAUUGGGUGAGCUCAACUUGGCUCACAACAACCUCACCUUUGUGCCCCAUGACCUUUUUACCCCUUUGCGCCAUCUGCAGCGGGUGCACCUGCACCAUAAUCCCUGGAACUGCAACUGUGACAUCCUGUGGUUAAGCUGGUGGCUUAGGGACACUGUGCCGACCAACACCAGCUGUUGCGCCCGCUGUUACUCUCCCCCAAGCCUUAAGGGGCGCUACAUUGGAGAACUGGACCAGAGCUACUUUCAGUGUUAUGCACCUGUUAUUGUUGAGCCUCCCGUAGACCUCAAUGUGACUGAGGGAAUGGCAGCGGAGUUAAAAUGUCGGACAAAUUCGCUGACCUCGAUCAGUUGGCUAACACCAAAUGGCUCCAUUAUGACACAUGGGGCGUCCAGGGCACGUGUCUCGGUGCAGAACGAUGGAACCUUGAACUUCACCAGUGUUAGCAUGCAGGACACAGGGACCUACACCUGCAAGGUCAGCAACAUGCUAGGCAAUGUUUCGGCUGCUGCUGUCCUCAAUGUGACCUCCAUAGACAACAGCGGUUUCAGUUACUUCACCACGGUCACUGUUGAGACCAUAGAAUCCCCGAAUGACGGGGAGAGUAGGACCCCAGCGCAGCCUUCCUUUGGCUGGGUGUCAUCCUCGACCACGAGGGGAACACCCCUCUCUACAGAAAAGGCCUACACCAUCCCUGUGACGGAUAUAGACGUGGAGGGAGCUCUCAAUGGUUUGGAGGAAGUCAUGAAGACCACCAAGAUCAUCAUCGGCUGCUUCGUGGCCAUCACGCUCAUGGCCGCUGUCAUGCUCAUCAUAUUCUACAAGAUGCGAAAGCAGCACCACCAGCAGGAUCACGAUGGGCCCACCCGAACCAUUGAAAUCAUCAAUGUAGAUGACGAGCUGACGGGGGUUCCAGCGAUGGAGAGCCACCUGACUCUUCCUCCCCUGGAGCAUGAGCACUACAACCACUACAACUCAUACAAGAGUGCUUACAACCACGCCUCCACACUCAGCUCGCUGCAUAGCUCUGCGCAUGAACCUUUACUAAUCCAAGCCAGCUCAAAAGAUAACGUGCAAGAGACACAAAUUUGAAUUCCUCGCUUUGAACAGGACAAAAUUUGAUCUGUACUAACAACAUUCUAGGUGUCGGUUGCGGACAAUGUAGUGACGACGAAGACAGUGAUGGAGAGAUGUCACUGAGAACCAGGAUGUAUGUAUUAUUUCAACAAGUGUCUUUACAAGCAAAGAUUAUUUAUUUAAAGAUAUGUGUAGUGGCUGAAUCAACAAAAAAAGAAGAAAACAGAAAAAAAAGAAAAAAGUUAAUAUCCUUUUCCCACCUGUACUCAUUUUUAUUUUAUUUUCAGAUUAUGAAUGGUUUACUCAAAACAAUGUGCUUGUGAAUUUAAUGUGGAAAAAAAAAACAUGCUUUUGACAGCCUCAUGUGAAGAAAUCACAAACAUUACAUUCCUCAUGAAUACUGACAUAUUUGUUGCAUCUGUGGGCAUGCUGCAACAUUUCACAUUUCCGUAUUUUCACAUUUUAGUGAAACAAAAGCAAAAAAAGCUGGCCAGAGGGCUUAAUACUGUAAAUAACGUGAUGUAAGUAGAUGUGAUAAAAUGAAAUGGUGGAUGCGGAAUGUUCAGAGAUGAGAAUCAAUAGUUACAAUUCCCAAUAAAAGGAUGUAAUAUUGUACUUCUGUGGAAAAGAAACGGCUUCAGUGGCCUGGUCUAGAUUAUGCUGCUAUGACAGCAAAUAGUGCAGAUAAGCUUCUUUGUUCAUUUUUGGAAGUGCCCAAUUCCUUAAUCAUAUCACAUAUGAUUGUAAUAUUUGGACAGAGGUGCGAAGAUGACCAUAGUUUGAUAUUCAAGUCAAUUUAUGGGCUGUUCUGAUCGGAAAUUAAGACUGUUCCUUCUGCAUUAUUUGAAUGGGAUGGCUAUGGAGACUUUUUCCGCUUCUUUUUUUUUUUUUCGAGUUUUCUGUAGCAUGUGGCGUCUCUGUCUUCUCUAUCAUAAGGCUUAUGUAGGAAUCCUAUCAUCAAGUAAAUGAUUAACACAGCCUUCUCCGAUGAGCUACAGGUAAAAAUUCUAUCAAGAGGCCACGAUAAGAACUUCGUAAAUCCAUUCCAAAUGUUAAAAGCUAAAACUUAUGCGUCAUAUUUUAGUCCAGAUUGCUGUUUGUCACUGGGAGUCUAGCACUGGUACCAGUUCUUAAAGGUGCAACAGAUUUGGUCAUGAUUAUUGAUAUAAGUACUGACCAUAUAAUAGAACAUGCCAACACAAUAACAUAGGGUAGUGUUUAUAAGGCUACACAACACCUACUUAAGCUCAUCAUGACAAAUGGCACAGACCUACAUAAACAUUUGUAAGGCCUUAUUCCGUCCACUAUCAUCUAUCAUAAAGUAAACUUAUGUCAGGUAACACUAGCCCUUAUUCAUGAAAGUUGGUCAAAUCUGCUUGUAAACAACCUGAAACAAAGUGUCUGAUUAGCACUUAACUAACCACAAUUUUUAUCAAUAUCAUCUGUAAUACAGAUGAAAAACCUACUCCACUAAAAAAUACAAAACUAGUGCAUACAGUCCAGUAAUACAGCUUUUAUAUAUGUAAUUUUAGGAAAGUAAUCACACCACACAAUUACGCAAUUCUGUCAUCUUCAGCUAAUUUCAUGUUUUAGCCUUUCCAAUCAUCCUAAUUUUAACACUAAAAGUUUGGUCAAAAUGGGGAAGCAGUGCAAUCACUGAUCAUCCUCAAAAAAGCACAGUCAUGGGCUCACAAGAGGCUGAAUACUGUUGUGUUAUUGUAUCCCUACCUAAACAUCAGCAUGAAUGAGGUCAUGCUUCAUGUAAAUUAUAUGUAAAUGAGGUAUGGGUAAGCUGGCGCCUGAUUUCACGCACAGAAGCUGAUAAUUUGCGUUCAAAUAUCUGCUUGUUUCCACAUUGUAGAAAAGUUACAUAAAUUAAACACACAACACAGUUGACUCUGUAGCUUAGAGUAUAUCACAGUGACAUAAUGCUGAUGAUGUAACAGCUCAAAUCUUAUAAAUAGUCAAAUGAAACUCACUUCACUGUAAGGCCACAGAAAAUGUUAUGAUAACCUACCGUUAUGUCAACCUGACAUUCAAACUGGUAAAUGUAGCCUUUAUGACAAACGCUGGGUAUUUAUUUUAGAAAUAAAAUGUAUAAAUGUGGGUCUUUGUUGGCUUAUGUAGGUCUUUGUGAGUUGUCAUGAGUGGGUUAUGUAGCCUUUUGAACAGUACCAUUCAAUACAGUGUUACCCAAAAAAGAGCAGGUGUCAUUACACAAUGCAGUGGCAUCGUCUGCAAGCAAAAGCACAAUUCCCUCUUUAAUCUUAUAUGUAGUUCCCUUUUAUGUUUCUACCUUGCAAAUAUGCUGCUGGGUUGCUGCCCAGUGCUCUUGAACUGUACCAUAAGUGCUACAUAUAGCAUAAGACACCAGGAAGGUAUCAGUGUUGCUCACGUUUGUAGCUGGGAAGGAAGUGCAGUGCAAUUAUUUAUCAUUUAAAGACUCUAAAUGAACUAACAUUUAAUUAACACCACUCGAUCAUGCACUACAUCAUAUUAAUUCAUGAGCUCUGCUGUUUCAUCGCCAUUUCUUUUUGUCUGAAUGAUUGAUUUAAGGGACACUGUGUUACUGAGUGUGAUGAUAGUGUGCGUGUUUUGCACCAUCGCUGCAUUUCCCACCAUUUCGUGAUGUCCUUUCUCAAUAUAUCAUCCACAGCUUGUUAUGAAAAACAGCAUCAUAUUCAUAAUUUCUUUGUUCACUUUUCAUAUUUUACUAUUAGCCUCAAAGUGAGAUAUAGUGACAAUGUUUCAGUGACGAUUUCAUUCAGAUUGAAACUGAAGAUGAUGAUUUAAGCAGUGCUGUUAUGAACAUUGGUAUUUGCUGGGUUGAGAGUGCUUAAGUGAUCCAGAAUGGGCAUCGUUCAAAAUGUUUGAUACGCAUAUCAAUACCUUGACUUCAAUACCAAUUCCUGAACGGCCUUUUAUCAGUUCCUCCUUUGAAAUACAAAUGCAAGUACAGUAAAGGUCAUAUACUGAUUUACAAUAAAUGUUCUAUUUAAAUGUAAGCAAAAAAUAUAUAUAAUAUAUUCAAAGAAUAUGGAUUUUUGAAACUUAAAAAUCCAAAUAAAUUACAGAUUUUUUUACAGGAAUUAAAGAUUUACAAAAUAAAUUACAUGGGUUUCAGUUUGUACUUAUCUUUGCACAAAAGCAUCUUAUUUGACUUUAUUUCGAUUAUAUUUAGCUGAUUUAUUAGUAUAGCAUCCCAGUAGUCUUGGAUGAAGAUGUAUAGAUUCUUUAAUUUGUAUGCAUUUGUAUAUGUAUACAAAAUUUAAGAAGAGCAAUGUGCAAAAUUUAAGAAGUUUAAUAACUUGCUUACGAAAUGUAAGAUAGACUAGUGGUGGGCAGUAUGGUUGAAAAUGUAAUUAAAAUUUCUGACAAAUAUCGUGGUAUAUCUAUAUUAAUAUUUUUCAACGUUUUUUUCCUAUAAGCGACUUAUUAUUCUGGGAAAUCCCUCCACUUUUAAUAAGAAUCAUGUUCAACAGCCUUAAAUCUGAAAUAUUUUUACUGUGCACCAUGCAGAACUGAAGAAUAUAUUGAUAAACCUAUCUGACUAUUGCUUUUUCAAACUAGUCUUGCAGGUGCUUCAUGCAAUUUCACACCUGAAUUUCUAUAAGGUGGAAGUUAGCUUCUUGUUUGCCAGCUAGUGGUACGAAUUUUCUGGUUAACCUUAAAUGGAGCAGCAAUUACAUUCUGGCACCUGGACAGGCACCUGAAUGGAACUGCAGUGUGUAAGGUGGAACAGGAAAUUCAAAUAAGAAGCUAACUUUAGUUUUGUCGAAUUUCUUGAGUCAUUUGUCUUACAAGAGUACCCUCGGAAUUUGGAAAAUAUUACAGUCAUUCACGCUUCAGUACCAGCUGGUCCACAGCUUGUUUUAUGAACAAGGAUGCCAUUAACAAUGUCGGGUGAUGCAGCAGACCGAGUCAGGAGGUUUCAUGCGGUCAGGUGUCCAUGUUAGAGUAAGGCCAAAAGACAUUUCUUUAUGUUCACUAAUACCAAAAACAGAGGUGGACGAAGUUCACAAAUCAUGUACUUUAACUAAAUUAGAGAUACCCAAGGUAAAAUAUCACUCCUGUAAAAGUAGAAGUCCUUACUCUAGACCUCAACUUGAGUCAAA